CUUGAUGUAGGCGGGUAAUCGUGCUAUUGGCUGGGGCCCCCGCCCCAGGACGAGAGGAGGAGGAGGGGCAGGAGGGUUUGGUUGAGCUGCAGCUGUUUGUCUGUUCGACACAGGCUUGGGCCCGACGGGGGAGACGGAGCCCCAGGACUGUUGAAGUCUGAAGUCCCCUCCCCUUCCCCCUUCCCCCCUUUGCCGCUUUGUGGCAUCCCCCUCCCUCCACCCUUUCCCAUUCUGAUAAUCUAGCCAUGACUAGCAGAAGCACAGCCAGGCCCAAUGGGCAGCCCCAGGCCAGCAAAAUAUGCCAGUUCAAAUUGGUCCUGCUGGGUGAAUCUGCAGUGGGGAAGUCUAGCCUGGUAUUACGUUUUGUCAAAGGGCAGUUCCAUGAGUACCAAGAGAGCACUAUUGGAGCGGCCUUCCUCACCCAGUCUGUUUGUCUAGAUGACACAACAGUCAAGUUUGAAAUCUGGGACACAGCUGGGCAGGAACGAUACCAUAGCUUGGCCCCCAUGUACUACAGAGGUGCCCAAGCUGCCAUUGUGGUUUAUGACAUUACUAAUCAGGAAACCUUCGCCCGAGCAAAGACAUGGGUAAAGGAACUACAGCGACAGGCCAGUCCUAGCAUCGUUAUUGCCCUGGCGGGGAACAAAGCUGACUUGGCCAAUAAGCGCAUGGUGGAGUAUGAAGAGGCCCAGGCCUAUGCAGAUGACAACAGCUUAUUGUUUAUGGAGACUUCAGCCAAGACAGCUAUGAACGUGAACGAUCUCUUCCUGGCAAUAGCUAAGAAGUUGCCAAAGAGUGAACCCCAGAAUCUGGGGGGUGCAGCAGGCCGAAGCCGAGGCGUGGAUCUCCAUGAGCAGUCCCAGCAGAACAAGAGCCAGUGUUGUAGCAACUGAGGGGGUGGCUAGCAGCAAACAAGUAUGGAGCUAGCACGAGAGCUAAGAAAUAACCUCCACCCCCACCCCUCAGCACACAG